AUGACUGAUUAUUGGAAAUCAGGUGAACGACAUUAUUGUAAAUUUUGUAAAUGUUGGCUAGCUGGAAAUAAAAUUAGUAUUGAUUUACAUGAACGUGGUAAUCAUCAUAAAAAUAUGGUUAAAGUUAAACUUGAUCAAUUACGUAAAGAAAGUAUUGAAAAAGAACAUCAAAAUAAACAACUCAAUCAAACACUUGGUCAAAUGGAACGUGCUGCUAAUGAAUCAUUUCGUCGUGAUAUGGCAUCGAAUGCAAAGAAUCUUUCACAUUAUGAUACAGGAAAUGAUUCAACAUCAUCCGAUAUAAAUCUUCCAUCUAAACUUAAACGAUCAAUACAACAACCUGUACAAGUACAAUGUAAAAAACCAAAAUUUGUUAUUAAAACUCCAACACCUAAACCAGUUUUUGAACCUAUUGUUACAUCAACAGAAUCAAAUGAAAAAAUUGAAACGAAAAAAGAAGAAGAAGACGAAGACGAAGACGAAGAAGAAGAAGAAGAAGAAGAAGAAGAAAAAGAAAAACCAACAAUAACAGAUAAUAAUAAUCAAGAAGGUACUUGGUAUGAAUCGAAAACUGAAACACAAGAAUCAUUCUAUUGGAAUGAUACAACCGGUGAAUCAACAUGGACACCACCAGCUGUUUAUCUAUCAAUUGAACAACAACGAGCAAAAGGAUUAAAAGUUUGA